ACACCCACUGCAUUGAAGAAGUGAACCAUACAUGUGUAUCACAGUUCCUCCUCCUGGGCCUCUCAGAUGAUCCUGAACUGCAGCCUGUUCUCUUUGGACUGUUCCUGUCCAUGUACCUGGUCACAGUGCUUGGAAACCUGCUCAUCAUCCUGGCUGUCAGCUCUGACUCCCACCUCCACACCCCCAUGUACUUCUUCCUCUCCAACCUGUCCUUUGUUGACAUCUGUUUCAUCUCCACCACGGUCCCAAAGAUGCUGGUGAAUAUCCAGGUGCAGAGAAAAGACAUCUCCUACAUAGAGUGCUUCACUCAAGUGUAUUUUUUGAUUAUUUUUAUUGGAAUGGAUAAUUUCCUCUUAUCUGUGAUGGCCUUUGACCGCUUUGUGGCCAUCUGCCACCCUCUGAAUUACACCGUCAUCAUGAACACCUGGCUCUGUGUCCUCCUGGUUCUGUUGUGUUGGUUCAUCAUGUUCUGGGUCUCCCUGAUUCAUAUUCUACUGGUGAAGCGACUGACCUUCUCCGUAGGCACUGAAAUCCCACAUUUCUUCUGUGAGCUGACUCAGCUUCUCGAUGUAGCCAGCUCUGAUACUCAUGUCAAUUACGUUGUUAUGCAUGUGUUGUCUGCCUUGCUGGGUGUGAUUCCUAUGACUGGGAUCCUCUACUCUUACUCUCAGAUUAUCUCCUCCUUAUUGAAGAUGUCCUCCAUUGUGAACAAAUACAAAGCAUUUUCCACCUGUGGGUCUCACCUCUGUGUGGUUUCCUUGUUUUAUGGAACAGCAUUUGGGGUUUAUCUCAGUUCUGCCGUGACCCAUGCUUCCCAGAGACGUUUGAUCACCUCAGUGAUGUAUAGUGUGAUCACCCCCAUGCUGAACCCCUUCAUCUACAGCCUGAGGAACAAGGAUGUGAAGGGGGCCCUCGGGAGACUCCUCAGCAGAGCAGCCUCUGGUCUUUGAGACCUCAGAAAUAAAGGGACUUUCUUAUGCUGAAACACAAAUGUUUUUAAAUAUCAUUGUUCAUGUGUGAGUGCAGUCACAUGUUGUAUUCUUGACGAUUUGUGUAAAGGAUAGAUUGUCUAUGAUUGUGGUCAUAACAUUGGAUUGCUUAGUGAUGUCACAGCCAUGGUAGUUAACAUCGUGCACGUUAUGGUGUUUGCACAAAGGAACUUUGCUCAUUUAGAAAUUAUACACACUGUACUUUUCUUGUGCUAAAAAUUGAUUGCUUUGUCUGGCUACUUGACACUUCUUACAUAUGUGUUUGCAAAUAAUUUUCAAGCUGUAUGUUAUUCUUUCUUUUUUAUCAAGUAUGCAGUUCAUUGUGAUUCAUUACUUA